AUGAGUACACCACGGAAAUAUAACGAUGCAUUAAGUGAUAAUAAUUCGGAGAUAAUUACACCAUUCAAAGAACGUGCCUUAGAAGAACAACGAAUUAAAGAGCAAUUGUUAUUAAGUGCAACACCGGGACUAAGGCGACGAUUAGAAAUCCAGUCUACCUUCGAACCGUUGGCAACAGACCCAAAUGAGAUAAAAAGUUAUUUAAGAGAUUUAAGUUCUGCAUUACUGUCACAAGGGAAAAACUUGACAAAACUUUUGAAUGAAGAAGUGGUUUCAAUUGAUGACAAAUCGUCUGGGGGAGAACUUGGAAUUGAGCAGGAACGUGUACUCUCUAGACUUCCCUCCAAUGUCACUGAUUCCGAAGCAAAGGAAUUGCAUAAUAUCCAAGCUGGUCAAAUACUACGGUCUGAUUCAACAUCUGAACUAGGUCACCAAGAGCCUGUCGAUAACAAGCUUUUUGAAAUGGAGAAGAAGCAGAGUUUAGAAGGGAACCAAAUUACUCCUCUAAAAAGAAGUUUAGAGGAAAAAAAGACGAGCACAUUAUCAGAGGCAGUAUUUUCACAACUUCGGGAGGUCCCUUCAAGGCCCAAAAUACGAAAAAUCAAACCGGUUUUUAUCGAGGGAUUAGAAGUUUCCUCUAUUCAGGAAGCUAACUCCGACAUCGAGAAACAAACAGAAAUUGAAGAGGCAAAGAAUUCUGCUACUAUUCAUGCAGAUAAUGAUAACAAAAAAGAUGCAAGUAAAGUAGAUAAAAUAUUGUCGAAUGAGGAGGAUCGGCCAAGCAACGAUUUUCUUGUUGAACAUCAUAAUGAAUCUAUUGUACAAAAUGAUCAGAUUAUGGACAAUGAUGACAACAUGAAUUACAAUGACAAUCGACUGUCGAGUCCAGAGCCUAUUGGUAUUGAGCCGUCACCGUUUGUCGAUUCAUAUGCAAUAAAACAACCCGUAUUUCCUCAAUCUGAAUUUAAAAUCCCAAAAAAUAAUUUUCUCAAUAAUUCUGUACCUAAUCCUUCUCUUUCAAGGAAACUUUCCAAUAAUAUUCCCAAAUUAACGUAUGAUAAAUAUUCUGCAAUUCCAUGGAGUAACAAGAACGAUUCUAAAUCUGAUAUUUUUGAAGAUACAAAUAUGUCAAUAGAGAAAAAAUUGAUAGAAAAUCAAAUUCCUAUGGGGGCUCUAUCUAUCAAUGAAUUACAAGAAACAUUUAGUAAUUUUUUGGAAAAGGAAAAUAUUAAAUUGAAGCCAUACACUUGGACUGCUCUUCAAGGAAUAUCACAACAAGUUUUAAGAAGACUAAUAAAAAUUUUUAGAGAUGAUCGUAAUUCACUUGUAGUUAAUUUCGAAUCCAUGAAGGAAAUACUUUAUAAAUAUGGCAUUAUCUCUCCGAACGCUACCAAUGACGAUAUAUUCGACAUUUUGUGUGAUUAUUUACCAUUAGAAGGUCUUAAUGAAAUUGAAAUGAUGCUUUUCCAAUAA